AUGCGCCCCGCCCCACCCCGCCUCUUCCACCUCCUCCGGCGGCCGCUCCUCCGCCCCCCCCACCACCACCACCACCACCUCCAAACACGAACCUUCCUCGGCUUCUCCCGCGCGCUGCCGAAGCCCCCGCCGCCGGGCAUCAGCACGAUCGAGAAGCUGGUCGGCACCCUCAACACGCACGAGGGCCGUCCCCCGCCGGCAGAGACGCUGGUCUCGGCGUUCCGCGAUGUGGUGCGCACGGCGGCGGCGGCGGGCACAAUCACGGACGAGCAUGCGCACGGCCUGGCGCGCACGUACCAGCACCUGAACGGCGACAUCCCGGCGGAGGAUGUGAGGGCUGCUGUGCGGGCGCUGCAGGGCGGCGGCGGUGGGAGUGGCAGCCCGCAUGUGGCUGGGCUGGCGAGGAUGCUGUUUGCGGGGCUGGCGGAGCACACGGGGGAGGAUGUGGAGGUGUUUGUGGGCGUGCUGGCGGGGUGCGGGAGUGCGGGAGAGGCGGCGGAGGUGGCGAGGAAGUAUGCGAGCGAGGGGGUGCUGAGGGGGAAGGCGGCGCUCAGGUGCUGGGAGGCGGUGAUGAGGGGGUUGGAGGCGGAGGGGAACGAGAGGGAGUUGGCGGAGAUGUGGGAGGACGUGCGGGAGGGCAAUCCGGUGGUCACCGCCGGGAUGAUGGGGCCUGUCGUCAGGUUCUACUGCAGGAGCGGGGAGGUGCGCAAGGCGCGGCAGUGGUACGAGAGACUGGUGGACGAGGAGCGACUGGCGCCGGAGCUGGAGACAUAUGUCGAGGUGCUGCGGCUGUGCGCGCAGAAGGGCGAGACCGGGUGGGCGCAGGAGGUCUUCAGCGCGAUCCUGAGCGGCGGGCCGCGCGCAGUGGUGUCCAGAGAGGCCUGGGACGUUGUGCUGCAGUGGGCCGAUAUCAUCACCAGAGACAGCAACGAGAUCUCCCGGCUGCUGACAAUCAUGAUGCAAAGAGCAGCCACAACAGGCAUAUACCCCUCGAUCGAGACCUUCAACGAGCUGAUCCGCUUCGCAAUCGCCAGGGGCGACUACAAGGCCGCCCGGAAACACCACAAGCUCGCCAUCCACCGCAAGUUCGCCCCAAACCGGAGGACCCUCGAGCUCCAGAUCGAGUACCUGGUCCUCGCAGGCAAGGUCAGGAUCGCACCGGAGGUUUACGAGCAGCUGCGCGCUGAGGAGCUGCCCCCUUCGUACCCGGCGCAUUCUGUCCAGCUCCUGCUACAGGCCCUCUGCAGGGAGCCCGAGCCCGAUGUAGAGCUGAUCAACCGCAUCUACACAGACCUCGGCGAAUGGAGCAGCCCGCUGCAGAUUGGGACCACCACCGCGCUCCUGAACCGCUUCUUGACCGCCUGCCAGUUCAACGACGUCAUAACGCUUCUCAGCGGGCCCUCGUGCGCAGUGUUUAGUGCGGCGGACCGCCGCAAGGUCAUCCACGAGAUGGGCGAGUACAUUGGCCGCCCCACGACAUCGAUCGAGGCCGCAUGGGACACAUACCAGAUCCUCUACCAGGUAUUCCCCGAGCUGUCCGUGCGCCAGCGCACCGACAUCAUGCGUCUCUUCUUCACGCUGGGCCGCAGCGACAUGGCCACCAUGGUGUUCAAGCACAUGCGCGGGACCCCCGGGCGGCGGCCGGGCAAGCAGAGCUACAUCCUUGCGCUCAGCGGCGUGGCCUACUCGCGCGACAUCGAUGCGCUCAAGGUCAUCCACAAUGCGCUGAAGCUUGACCAGGCCGUGGACCUGGACACGCAGCUGACAAACGCGCUCAUGAAUGCGUAUAACCGCUGCGGGGUCCCGCUGCGUGCGGUGCGGUUCUGGGAGGACAUAAAGCAGAGCACGGAGGGGCCCGACUACCAGAGCAUCAGUGUGGUGUUUGAGGCGUACGGGAAUCUGUUUGAGGGUACGUCGAGGGCGAAGAUCCUGUGGGGCCAGCUGAAGUCUAUGGGCGUGAAGCCCACGGUGGAGAAUUAUAGGUCCUACAUCGAGGCGCUGGGGAAGGGUGAGCUGUUUGAGGAGGCGUUUAGACUAGCGAGGGAGAUGGAGCUGAAUGAUGGCGUCAAGCCAGACGUGAAACUGCUUGGGACGCUGUAUGCAUUGACCACAUCCCACGACGUGAGGGACAAGGUCGCAGAGUGGGCGAACGAAUCGUAUCCCACAGAGUGGAAGGAGAUCGAGACGCGGCUGGAACAGCUGCCGAGGGAUAUCCUGGCGCACGAGGCUCUGGAAGAAUUGGGCGGUAGCCAGUUGCAGAACCUACUGCAGGGAAGCCAGACGUCGAUGUUGGCGAUUGAGGAAGGGGAGAAGGAGAUUGAGGAAUUCAAGCCUCCACCCCCGGUUAGGGAGCCGUAA